UUCGGGAUCGCAAGCAAAUACUGAAUACAUUUCAUAUCCAUACAUAAAUACAUUUUCCAUUCGCGAUAAUCAAACAGAAAAGGGAAAAGACUAUUAGAAACAGAAAAAAAGACAGAUAGAAGAGUAAAUUAGAGUAACGUACACUAAACUGUUUUCCUUCAUUUCAUUUAAUUUUAUUUUUCGUUCGUCGACAUAUAAACACACGAAAAAAAAACGCUUGGUGUCAAUCUGAAUAGGAAUGAAUUUAUCAAGUACUCAAAUUUAUUUUUGUGAAACAAACACCAACACAAAAUGAAAGCACAUUGUGUAUAAAUUUCAAUCAAAUAGAUGAAAAAAAACGAAUUAUAUACAAACAAUAUCGUUAUCAAUUUUUCGCGAAUUACGCAAAAUAGCAUUAAUAAAAAAUCGUAAAAAAUAAAACAUUUAAAAAGAACGAAAACAAAACCGAACGAGAAAACAAAGUAAGCAAGAGACGAAAAGAUUAAAAAUAAUGCGCGUGGUGAAUUAAUCUUCAGCAUUAAAAAAAAAAUUGUAUAUCAUAGUGUGUAUCUGUAUUUAGCAGAGUUUGAGCCGAUGCUCAUCCGUUUUCAAUUUUCAAAACAAUGUGCUUUUGUGAUAAAAAAAAUUCAUCGCUUGGCUAAGGCAGAUAGAGAGUGUUUGCGCGAGAGAAAUGUGUAUGGUAUUUUGGACAAGAAAAGUAUUCGAAGGUGUUUCGAUUCUCAAGGAAAACAAAUAAAUAAACACACACACAGCGAAUAAAUAAAUAAUUGGUAUUGUUUUCUUGUCAAUUUCGAUGAAAAUGUAUAUUCAAUGCUGCAGAAAAUCAACCAACUUCAACUGAAUCCCACGGACAAGUAAACAUAUUGAAGUGAGCCGAAAAAAAUCAUAGAGGGCAAUUUGAGCGUUAAAACAUACGACCACACCACCACCACCACCACCACCGACAAUUGACGUUUAUUCAUUCUGCUGUGUGUCUGAAUGAGUUUAAGUCAAAUUCGUUUUCAGCCGUUUUUUCUCACUUUUUUUUUAUUGGUGAUUGUGUAGCGUCUAAUAUAACAUUUUCAUACACAAUAUCGUGAAAAAGCUGAGGCAACAGGAAAGUGGACGCGUACUCCAAAUUUUCGGAUUUAAAGAAAAAUGAGUUUCUUCAAUUCACUUCAACACUAUGUUACAACCGGUGUAGCUGGUUUGGGACUGAGUCCACGACGUUUUUCGCUGUCACGUCAGGAAUCAAGUGAAACACAGCAACCGCCACCACCGUUAACGCAAACGGAACGAAGAGAAAGCAACAAUUCUCAACAUCAUGGUUUUCCAAAAGUUGUACCAGCGCCAGGUACAAUAACACCUCCACAGAGCCAAGGCUCAAUUCGACGACAAUCACGUGCACUGGAAUGUUUGGCGCCACCUCGUAAAGGAUCGUUUCGUACGCAGCGCGUCUCACCAGUACAUCAAGCAUCGACAUUAGAUCGACCACCUUUGGCAUUUUGCAAACGACGUUUAUCAUGGCCGGAAGUGGAAACACAGUCAACAUCUGGUAUUCAGGAAACGGAUGGUGGAUACUUUGAAGCCUUUACAGCGCUAGCAUGGAAACGAGACAAUCGUCGUAUGUCAGCAGUGCGUACAGCUGAAACUCGAGCCGAAAUGAUACCAGAGAAAGAGCAUGAUCAACAAGCCAACGAAGAAAUCUCUGAUACGCCAGAUGAAAAAGAACAAUUAUAUAUUGAAAUAUUGCAAACGAUUGUGCAUUCUGUUGGUGCACCAGCACCAGGCAGUCAGUUUCACCACUACAAAGAUGAUAUGUUUCUGCAAGCGCAACGUGCAUUUGGUGUUUCACCUGAACGUCACUAUCGAUUGUUGCAUACGGCCGCCGAGGAAAAACCAAGAAUCGUCGUAUUGAAUGUGCUUGUGCAAGCAGCCGACAACCUAGAAGCGAAAGAUGCAAAUGGAUUUAGUGAUCCAUAUUGUAUGCUUGGAAUUCAGCCAGGCGGAACGCCAAUUUCGCCUUUGCCACCACCAAUGACACCCCGAACGUUGAGCGAUGUAGGCUUCGACAAUAAUCUAGAUUCGCCACACCAGAGCGAUAAAUUACGCAAACACCAUAGUUUCCGGUUGAGUUUUAAGCGAAAAGAUGGACGACGCGAACACCGAGAUUCACUCAAUGGUCCAGUACCUGCGAAAUUUAUUCGUGCUACAUCCAUUAAAUCGCAUACAUUAUCACCGAAAUGGCAUGAAAAAUUCAAGUUUGACAUAGACGACAUAAAUACGGAUAUAUUCCACUUGGAUAUUUGGGAUCAUGAUGAUGAAAGCUGUGUGUUAGAUGCUGUAUCGCGUUUAAACGAAGUACGAACGGUUCGUGGUUUAGGUAGGUAUUUUAAGCAAGUGUGUCAGUCGGCCAGACAAGGAACGCAAGACGAUUUUUUGGGUUGUGUGAACAUUCCACUUUCGGAAAUUCCAUCAACUGGAAUUGAUUCGUGGUUUAAAUUGGAAGCGAGAAGCCAUCGAAGUAUAGUGCAAGGGCGAAUUAAACUAAAACUUUGGCUAACAGCACGUGAAGAUCGUGGCCAAUGCGAAGAGGAUGAAGUUUCCACUGAUCAUGAUAUAUGGAAAUUGCAGCGUUUGCAUAAGAUUAUGAUGUCACAUGAAAUUCUAACGCACGAACCAUCAUGGACAUGGAGUGGUGAUCUAUCGGGUCCAUCAUUAACGAUUUUACAUCAAAUGGCCGUUCAAUGUGAUUUAUCCGAUUUACAAUGUGCGAUAGCUAAAUUCAUUGCCGUCGCUCAAUUGAAUCGCACAACGCCAAUCGAUCCCAAAUUUAUUCAUCGUUUAUUGCUCGAUAUAGAUCAUUACUGGAAUCAACCGAAUCAAAAUAAAUUGUCACGUGAGGCUGAACAAUGGUUGGCAGAAGCAUUUAACAUUUUCAUUGACAAAUCGUUGUCUCAAAUUCGGGCGCAUCGUGAUAUAUUUCCGGCUUUACAUCCACCGUCAUUGAUACGUUUAGAAUUUUUGCUAAAAUGCUUGGGCAUAUUUAGCAAAUUUCAGGCAUACAAACAAGUGUGUCCAUUUAGCAAAGGCGUUCGCGGUGAAGUUGUUGGCGCUCUUCGCAAGGGUUCCAUUCAAUGGGCACAAUUUUUUCUACGCGAAUCUCAACGGCUUUACAGCUCGUUGAUUUACUUCGUAACCACAAUAAUCGCAAACAUUCAGCUAGGCUUAAUCUAUUAUCAAUCAUUAUUUGAAGCAACUAUUGGUGUUCAGUAUUUUAGCAUUGUGUAUAAGCAAUUCGAUGUUAUCAUAGCCGAGGAGGUAUCGUCACGUAUGGAAUCUGGUCAAGUGCUCGGGUCAACAUUGAGUCAAUGUACGGUGCUCGAAGGCGAUAAAGAACCGGCCGAUACACGUCCGUUUGAAUUGUAUUUAGUGUUACAAGAAUUUGAUUUGUUAAAAAAUCAUUUGGCGGUAAUGCCCCACCCAACUGAAAAACCUUUGGCACUUCAAAACUAUCAUAAUUGGUUUGUACCGACUGUACAACGAUGGAUAAUGGUUGGCAAAGCAAAGGCAUUGAAUCGUGUUCGAGCUGCAAUUUCAUUAGAUAAAAUAUCAGAAGGUGAUAGAAUUGUUCGUCAUACCACGUCAUCAGUUGAUGUUGCCGACAUUUUAUAUCAAAUGCGUGAAUUUUGGAAGCUCCUCAAUUGGCCGGAUGUUAAUUCGGCACAAGCAUUUGAAUCACAAAUAACGGACGCAGUGUGCUCGUGUGUGAUUCAUUAUGCUGACUUGAUACAUCAGCAGCUCGCCGACACUGGCUACUAUGAACAUCAAGGACCGUUUCGUACAUCGGACGAUAUGUGUGUUACCGUCAAUAAUUUGGAGCAUGUACGACGUGCACUAUCCGAAUAUCAAACGGACAAAUCCGAAAUGUCCGGUCAACAGCCACCCGAUCAAUCUGAUAUUUUGCUUGAGUCAACUUUGGCACAAUUAGAAAAUCGCGUUGAGCGUGUUCUCAGUAAAUUGGCACCAUCGAUGCAAGUUCCCUUACAAAAAGCUGUAUUCCAUUUGGCAUGGUCACCCGAAUCGCUACCAACGAAUCAGGCAAUCGUACCGCUGCUUGAAUAUUUGGAUGUACAUUUAUCUGCAUUGAAUUCGGCAUUACUCAUGAAAAAUUUCAAUCGUGCUCUCACCCUAAUUUGGAAUACCGUUCUAAAUGAACUCUCACGACAAAUGGAUACGGGCGGUGAAGGUGAAAAAACAAAAAACUUUCACGAUCGAUUGUAUGAAGCAUUGCAAUUGCUUGUCGACUUUUUCAAUGCUGAAGGAUUGGGUUUGCCGCUCGAAGCAUUGCACAAUGAUACAUACUGGAGAGUGGAUCAACGUCUUCAAUAUCAUAAAAAAGACACCGACAAAUUAAUCGAUAUAUUUUAUUUACAACGCUUGCAAGAGCAACUAAUGGUCGCAUCGCCCGGACCAUAUGGAGUUUUGGCUGUUCGUGCAUAUUUCAAUCAUGAUUCAUUGUGUGUAGAAGUGCUGAGUGCCAGAGACAUCAUACCAUUGGAUCCGAAUGGUUUCAGCGAUCCAUUUGUGAUUGUUGAAUUACUUCCAAGACGAAUAUUCCAGUACUGUGCUGAACAACAAACAAAUGUACACAAGAAAACUCUCAAUCCAAACUUUGACGAAUGUUUCGAGUUUUCGGUAACACUUGAACAAUGUUUGGCUGAAGGUGCAAUGAUUGCAUUUACGGUUAUGGAUCAUGAUGUAUUAACCGCAAAUGAUUUUGCUGGCGAAGCGUUUUUGGCAUUAGGUAAUAUUCCUGGUGUGGCUGAUUACAGUACAAGCAUAGACAAUUUUCACGGACUAAAGCAGGUGGAUUUGCCAUUAAUGCAACAAAACGAUAAAAAUCAUCCGAUUCUACAAAUUUUAGAGUCACGUGCAAGCGACAAACAAGCCAUGGAUUUUGUGCGUAAGCAAAAAGCUCGACUCGCAUCUUAAUCUCAUUAAUCAUACAAAACAUUUGAUAAACAUUACGAAUCCAUAUGGAAAUAAUGAAACAAACAGACAAAAAAAUGAAAAUCCCUCUCAGAAAUUAAGUAAAUGCACAACUUUUGUAAUUCAACGAUUCAUUAAAUGCACUCUAGUUUUAUAGCCAUUUUGUCGCAAUAUUAAAUUUCGGCUUCGGCUAAAAUACAUACACACAUCACACAUAUACAAAUAGAAAACCACUCAAUAUGUCAUUUGCCCAAAUAAAUGUAUGCGCAAAAAAUGAUGAAAUGAUUGGAACGCGAAAAUCAUCAGAAAUUAAUAAUGACAAAAUGAUUGAACACUGACUAGAUAAAAUUUUAAUUUAUUUUGACCCUUGUGCACGCGCGUUCGCAUCAACUAAAUAAUACUUAAUAGGAGAAGAAAUGAAAAAAAAAUAACAAACACAGAAAGAAGAGAAAACCAAAGGGGAGAUGGAAAAAAGUUUGCGAGUUUGGGAGCUCAAAAAAAAAUGAAUAAGUGUGUAUCCAUAAUAUUUUGGAAGCGUAUACAUGGCCUGUCAAUUGAUUAAAGAUGAACAGAAUAAUAAAACAAAUGAAUGGAACUCUGUUACGCAAUAGCAAAGAAAAAGAUUUGAAAAAAAAAAACCAGUCGAUACUCAAUUGGAUAAUAUUCUAUGUCAAUCAGCCAAACGACAUCGAACGAAAAGUGAAACGUUCAAAAAUGAAUUUCGAUGAAUAAAAACAAUUGAAGCACAGUUUCUCUCGAAUAUUCGAUUCUCGGCCGAAUCAAUGUUGAUAUGCGAUCUUCUCUUUAACUAGCAACUACUUGGUUGAACAGAGUGUGCUUACGCAAGUGUACCACAGUUAGAAACAGAAUAACAAUCCAAAAUGAAAAAUAAACAUACACAUCACUGUGAGAGUAUAAAAAUAAUAUUACCAAAAAAUAUGUUGUUUGCAAUGAAUAGAAGUGUGUGCUAUUUAACAAAACAAAAAGGGGUCAUGAAAAAGAAAUGGCAUUACAUAUAACCGACGAGACAUAUUUUACAAGGAAUUAUCACACACAAUCGUAUUUUAUAUAUGGUGUCGAUUCAAAUUCAAGCUUUGUGAGAACUUAUUGACGAUGAGAUUGAAAAAUAGGACACUAUACACAUAGUAUAUAUAUACAAGUUGAUUUUAUGUACAAUCAAUUUAUUUUUGGAAAUGUAUAACACUACCAAAUUCCAAUAUGCAUACGAUAUAAUAAUAAUAUAUGAUGAAACAGAUUCCUGAGAAUUCUUCAAAUAUUGUCUGUGUGUUUGUGUAAAAUCGAGGACAAAAUAUUUAAAUCGAACAAUCAUACAGUCCUAAAUAUUCGUUCAAUAGAAUUAUUGUGCCAACACUAACAAUUAUGGAUGCUUAUUAGUUUCGUUUUAUUUCUUAAUUGUUUUCGUCGCAUAUUUAUUCAUUAAUCGAAAUUGGAACUGAGACAAAUUUAGGCUGGCAUUUUUUUUGAGCCGAUUGAAUCUUUCUAUGAAACUGAAUACCGAAUAUCUUUUUUUUGAAAGAAAUUGUUCGGAAAAAAUUGAUACAACUUAGAAGAGUAAUCCAAAUUUUUGUAUUUUUUAUGUGUUUGGCAUUCCUUUCUUUUUAAGAUAGUUUUUAUUUCGUUUUGACCAUUCGAUUUGUCGCAAAAAUUCAGCAUAUCCAAAAGUCUUACUUUCUUCAGAAAAUUGUGCGAAAAUUGAAAGCGAACUUCAUUUUAAUUUACAUUUUCUCAUUUGAUUUGAAUUAAACGUUCUGCAUCCAAAAGCACACACACAGAUACGUGAGCAUGAAAGAAUACAUUUCAAUUAUUCAAUUCAAUUCAGGAACUUGAAUCAAUCUUUCCCUUCGAAAUGCCCACCUCAAACGAAAUAAAAAAAAGAACAACUCUCGUUUUUUUAUUAUUUUUAAAAAGCACGACGAGCUUAAAUCUAACCGUUCCAAAACUAUCUAAAGACCAACAAGUUAAACCAAUCAAAGAUCUUGAUCCAAUCAAAAUAUCUACCGUUUUUUUUUCACUCAAUGUUUUCAGAAAUCAAACCAAAUAAAGAGUAUUUUUCGAAAUAUUAUUUGAACACAGCAAUGACUGAUUCACAUUUAAAUUCACCGAUAAUUUUUCCAACGACUAAUUUUAUCCUAUAAAUAGCAGAAUAGAUAUAGAAUGAAAUAAAGAAUAUAUUAUGCAUAUGAGCGUCAAAAGAUUAAAAUGAUUACGUGUCAAAACAUAUUUACCAUUUAAAGUAACAAACUACAAACAAUUAUAGUGUAUAGUGUAUAGUGACAUACGGCUUUCGGUGUUGAAAUUGAAGCUCCCUCAGCUUAUAGAUAUUAUAUAACAUAAUCUCCCAUCAAAAGCCUUGUCCAUUCUCUAUCAAUCAACGCCCACUAUAUUUUAACAAUUUCAUUCUUCGAAUAUUUUUUCUUCCUAUAUACAAAUUUUACGUACAACACACAUACACAUAAAUAUUUUUAUACAAAACAAAGAAGACACACAAUACAAAUCGAAAUCAAUGAAAUAUGGAACACACUCUAUAACUUGAUCUAAAUGAAACAAAAACAACAACAAAAAUGGAACACUUACCAAAGACAUAAUUUUGGACAUAUUUUUUUGCAAAAUAAAAAAAAAAACUUAUAAAAACAACAAGUGACAAUUUAAAUAUUUAUACUAAAUUUUAUACGUUUUAAAGCGCAAUACAUUUUUUCACUUCUUUUUACAAGCUAUCAAGCUAAAGUAACACCAUCAAUGUAACACAAAACAAAAGUUCUACAUACAUAUAUUCGAUUCAAAUCAAAAUUAGACAAAGAAAAGUGAAUUAUUUUGAUUCCGAUGUUUACCUAUCCACAUCUCUAUUAUUUUUUCACUCUUUUAUGGCCUAAUAUAAACGAGUGCAAUGUAUUAGAUGGAGAAGAUUAUGCAUCUUCCUUUUUUUAAUUUUUAGCCAAUCAAUCGCACACAUUCCAUCAAAAUACACAGUAAGUAUACUAUUAGAUAUAUUGCAAAUAUUCUCGCAGAUGCCUUCGAAUCUAUUUCCAAUAAUUUUCUACGCCCCUGGAGCACUCUAAGAAGUGCACGAUACCCUAAUUUCUAUUCCAUUUCCAAAAAAAAAAUCAUUCAAAUAAUUUUUUGUCUAAAAUACCUAAUUUAAAAAAAAAAGAUAUAUUUACGGAACAUUCAUUCUUUGACGAAUCAAAAUUUGAAAAGUCCGAAAAGAAAAAUCAUAUAAAAUAUAUGAAUCAAUUUGAUUAUAAAAAAAUAAAUAAAUAAAUUAAGUCCCAUGAAGCACUUAUUAUUAGUAAAACUAAACGUUGGUUGUAAUGAAAAUAUCUCAGUCACAUAUAACAUUCUAUUAUGGCAUUUACAAGUGUGACGUCCAAAGAAAUUAAAAAAAAUCAUAUUGAGUAUAUAUCUAGCUGUGAAUAUUUAAACCAUAAUUUAUUUUGAGAAAACAAAAGAAAAUCAGAAUUUACAGCAAAAACCGCAAACACAUAUGACUUUGAAAUAAUAAGAAAUUUAAGACAGCCUCUCCUCCUAGAAGCAAGAACACACACAAAAAAUCAUUGUUCAAAGCCAACAAAUGAACAAACAAAAAAAAAAUGAAUCAAGAUUUAAUGUGAAUUGAUACACUAAACCAGACAAUAUAUUUAGCUGCCGUCAUCUGGAUAUUUCAGCUCAUCUGGAUGCCGUCAGCAGAUGAUGCG